UUUCCGGAACAUUCGCAAAGUUACGAGAGUCCCAAUCUCGUGACUUUUAUCUUUGCGUUUUGCCAAGAUGUGUUCGUUCGCAUCGCGCCGAUUGAAGAAUAAUCGCGCGAGAGCGAUCGAAGAAGUUACUUUUCAGAAACGCGCGCGCGUUGCACCGCGUUAAUUAGUUUAGGUCGCGCUCUCGAGUUGAAGUUCGCCAGUUCGAGCGAAUGAAGUGAAACAUUGAAAACUCGCUCGCAUCAAAGAAAACCGCGUGUCAGAUUCGCGGUUCCAGCCCGAUUCGCGAUUUGUCCAGCGAGAAUUGUGGACGCGCCAAUUUUCGUCUUUGCGAACUGCGCACGUGUGCGUGUGUGUGUGCGCGCGUGGUGCGUGUGUGCGCGCAUUAUAUACGUAAUUCGUCGAAAUCCGAAUAAUCCACAAGGAAAGACAAUAGUCGGAAGAAGUUUUGUGUGAUGACCAUGUUUUGAACGCGUUUCAACACACACACACACACGCACACACACCUCCCCCCCCCGCGAUAGCGAAGAUAAGUUUAACUUUUAUUUUUUUUUUUACGUCCGAUUCCCCUCUCGAGAUCUCACCCCGUGUGUUCCGCGCUGUAGAUGAAGCGCUGUUGAUUUCGCCGAACGAAAAGCGUAUACGAGGUCCGCACGGGGUCAAAAAAAAAAAAAAGGCAAUUAGCGUUAGUUAGGCCUGACACAAAAAAUGGCAUUAAUUAGGAGAGCUUCUCACGCUGGUAGUUGGUACACGGACAUCGCUUCAGAUUUGAACAAGCAGUUAGAAGGUUGGUUGAGCGCGGCUGACUUAUCUCACGGACCUGCCAGAGCAAUUAUUUCCCCACAUGCAGGAUACAGUUAUUGUGGGGCGUGUGCUGGUUUCGCUUAUAGGCAAAUUAGUCCUGUAGUUGUCCGUAGGAUAUUUAUUCUAGGCCCGUCUCAUCAUGUGAGAUUACCAGGUUGUGCUCUAACGUCAGCUUCCAUUUACCGAACGCCGUUGUACGAUCUACAUAUCGAUCAGCAAGUAAGAAGAGAACUCGAAGAAACCGGCCACUUCGAAUGCAUGGAUCUGAACACAGACGAGGAAGAACAUAGCAUUGAGAUGCAGUUGCCAUUUAUCGCCAAAGUCAUGGAAGGAUUUAAAGACUCGUUUACUAUUAUUCCAAUUUUGGUGGGAUCUUUGAGUCCAGAAAGAGAGGCGCUUUACGGAAGAUUGUUAGCGCCUUACAUGGCCGAUCCGCAAACAUUGUUUAUCAUCUCCUCGGAUUUCUGUCAUUGGGGACAACGUUUUCGCUACACUUACUACGAUAGAUCGUGUGGGCCUAUACACAGAUCUAUUCAAAACCUCGAUAAAAUGGGCAUGGAUAUUAUCGAGACUUUGAAUCCCGCGAUGUUCACCGAAUAUCUUAAAAAAUAUAGCAAUACCAUAUGCGGUCGGCAUCCGAUUGGUGUCUUAUUACAGGCGAUUCACAGUCUGAGAGGAAACACAAAUGGUCAGAGGAUGAAUCUGAAGUUCUUGAAGUAUGCUCAAAGUAGUCAAUGUAACAACAUGAACGACAGUUCUGUCAGUUACGCUAGUGCUUCCUUGGUUCUUGAGUGAUAAACACACACGUAUUGAAUCACGGUUUACUGACUCUAAAAUAUAAACAUUUUCUUAAAGUGUGGAACCAUGUUUCGUUGUUUUGCAACAGCGUAACAGCGACGUUCUAUAAAUUAUUGAAUGAAAUUAAGCAAGAAUUCCGACAUUUUUAUAAUGCGAGAAGAAGAUAUCGAAAACACUGAACAAUUUAACUUGUAGCUUCUACCGUUUUUGUUUUUUUUUUUGCAUUAUGUGAAUUUACUACCACAAUAUGGGUGUUGGGACAAUUGUUGUUCGGUGCGUAACACGUGCUACAACAGAUGGGUGUACUAUUAUCGAAACGUUUUUUUUUUUCUAUUUGUAUAAAAUGCACAUUUCGGUUUAUUACUUACAAGAUAUAUUCAGUACUUCCAGAUUUCAAUAUGGGAAGGAGCUUAAAUAUUUCUUUGCUUUGGUUAUCGGUACAACUCUAGUAAGCGUUAGUAACGGUAUUUUAUGUGUACUUCUUAGAAGGCAGAGAUUUCAAGCUACUGGCAAAGAAGAGAAAAUUUGUUACUUUUCUCUGUAAAAAAAAUUGUAUAAUAAUUUAAUCGAUCUUUAGGAUGUAUGUUACGUUGACACGCGGAAUUUUAUGGUGCUUAAAGUUUGUUUAGAGAAGUUGUGAUAUACGAAUUAGCUUGAUAUUGAAAUUUAAAUAUAAUUUUCUAGCUGGUGGAGAGGAGUAUACAAAUGUUAAUUUAAAAGAAGUUAUUGUGUUUAGUAAUACGAGACUCUAGAUCACUGUUAUAUUUGUCUUAAUCAACUCAAGUUUUUAUGGGGGCUUUUUAUAUUUGAGACUUGCACGUGUUAGUUUUAACUACUUUAUUAUAAUCUCUUAGUUGAAUCGUACGCGCUCUGAUAAGUACGCACGAGCUCUUGUUUAAGUCUCUUCUGUGCCUUUAGUGAGAACAAUCUGCAUUGAUUUACAUUUGUAAUCGAUAACAAAUAUCAAUACGAGGUAAGACUUAAAAUAUAUACACAUAUAUAUGUUCGUUCUUUCUUUCUUUUUCAUACAAAGCAAUGGAAUGAUCUCAUAUCCUUCCUAUUCUAUAAUCUAUUGUUAUCUAAACAUAGGAGAUUAAGACAAAUAUUAAUCUGAAUGUUAUUAUUAAUUAACAUAGUACGGGAUACGUGUAAGUCUGAUAAAAUGGAGUCAGUACAUAUAAAAAAAAAAAAAAAAGAAACAAUUG